AUGGCUAAACCACUAUCCUACCAGAGGUUGGAGCGGGAGAUGUGUUCCGAUGAUGACAAUGUCCGGGAACAUGUCAUCAGCGGAUUAAGGAACUCCACCCCAAGAUUCAGAAAAGUGCAUAUGAAGAGGAAGUUGAGGAUAAAGCAGUUUCCAGGCAGAUCGACAAGAAAGCCGAGCUUCCUAAAGAUGGCAUGGAGUAAGUUGUGCAUAAGAUUUAAGGAAUGUCAAUCCCAUUUCGGAGAGCUUUUUGGGGGGAAUUAUCUCUUCUUACGUGUCACUCCAACUAUGCCGGAUUCUAAGAGUGCUGAUAAUGGUAGACUUUUCGUCAAGAAUGUCUAG